AUGGAAGAGCUCAAGCGACUUCUUGCAAAGCAAAGGCAAAUGAGGAGCUUCGUGAAGCAGGCCAUCUUGUUUUAUUCGUGGCUCUUCAUCUCCAUUGUGCAGUUGUGCUUGCAAAUUACGUUAGGAUACUGUGGAGGCCAUCCUCAUUCGUCUUCUCUCGUUUACACAGGCCAUUUUUUUAAGCUCCACUUUCUUUUAUCAUCAUUGUUUGUUUGGCAUUCGUGUCGUGACAAGAAACCCAGAGCAGGCGUUUUAUAUCUCCCUCUCUUCGUUGAAAUGAAAAUUUUCAUUGAACUUUUUAAAUUUACACCUCUAUCAUUGUGA